AUGCAUGGUCUGAAUAUGAUGAUAGAAAAGCCUACACCACCUAUUUUUGACGAUACUGGCGAUGGUAUUGGAGCAUACAAAAAACAAGAUCAGAUCAAGGCUCUUGUACUAGAUAAAAGGAAUGAAAAACUUACUAUUAGGGAAAGAGCUCAAUAUUGCACCAAAAGUGGUGAUCCAUAUGAUAUUUACUUACAUGCUUUAGCUUUAAUCAAGACAAAAAAUGAUAGUGAUGAAGAAAUUGUCACAUCCAGCUCAUGUCUUACAUUAUUUUGUAAGGAAUUGAAAGAAGUUGGAGUUGAUUAUAAAGAUCUCGCCAAUGUGAUUAUGAUGUUGAGCAUGAGACCUGCUGAAGAUAUGUUAAGAAUAAGGGAGAAGAAGGUUAAUCCUGAGCCUCAACAAUCCCUUUCCAUGGAAGAGAAUCCAGAAUGUGCAAGAGAAUUGCUUACUUGGAUUCAAGAUGCUAUAGCAACUGAAAAGUUAUGUGUUCCUGUAUAUGGUGAUAAUAGAAAACACAAUAUCAGAGCAUUUAGCAAAUUUUUAAAGGCAUAUGUUCAUGGUAGUCGAAAUCCAACAGCCCAACAUCUUAGUUUACCUUGUAGAAUUGCAAUGAGACAAAAGAUCGACCAUUUUGAUUCUGGAACUUAUUAUGCUGAGGGUAAAGUAGAAAUUGGAGGAUGGAAUUUGUUAGAUGUAUUUAUCUGGAUUUCUGAUAAAACCUUUUCAGACAAUGCACUUACCUCAGUUUAUGACUUGAAAUAG